AGGCAAACAAAAGAGAAAAAUCAAAUAAAACAUACCAAUAAUUCAAUAAAGAAACAUUAUACCAAUUCCUUGGAUAAUUUUACAACUUAGAGAAAUUUUUAUGAUUUUUUUAAAACUAUUUUUGUGUAUAAAAGAUGAGUUUUUUACUAUCCUUCCAUAUAUCGCGAUCGCCAUUAUCGAACCCCGCUCAUUACAUACGUUGUUGCAGCAGCCUUCAAAUGGCUUCAGAGAAGAGCGAGACACAUUUGGGCCAAUUCAAGUUCCUGCUGAUAAAUUGUGGGGCGCGCAAACUCAAAGAUCGCUGCAGAAUUUUGAAAUUGGCGGGGAGCGAGAGCGGAUGCCGGAGCCAAUAAUUCGUGCAUUCGGAAUCCUCAAGAAAUGUGCGGCAAAGGUGAACAUGGAAUAUGGGCUUGAUCCCGCCAUUGCUAAGGCCAUUAUGCAGGCUGCUCAAGAGGUGGCUGAUGGAAUGCUAAAUGAACACUUUCCACUCGUCAUUUGGCAGACUGGUAGUGGCACUCAAAGCAACAUGAAUGCCAAUGAGGUUAUUGCCAAUAGAGCUGCUGAAAUCCUUGGCCAUAAGCGUGGUGAAAAGUAUGUGCAUCCAAAUGACCAUGUUAAUAGAUCACAAUCUUCCAAUGACACUUUUCCUACUGUGAUGCACAUCGCAGCUGCUAUGGAAAUAAACUCAAGAUUGUUACCAAAUUUGAAAACUUUGUACGCUACUGUACAUACAAAGUCUAUUGAAUUCAAGGAUAUCGUUAAGAUUGGACGUACUCAUACUCAAGAUGCAACCCCAUUGACGCUUGGUCAAGAGUUUAGUGGCUAUAGCACCCAAGUUGUCCUUUUCUCAUAUUUGCGUAUGGUUUCCAGUUGCAAUAUGGAAUUGAUCGUGUCACUUGCUCUCUACCCCGCAUGUAUAAGGUUGACUAGACUGUUCCACAUAUAGGGCAUGUAUUGUCUACGCACCUGUAGGUUUGAUGCAAAGAUUGCUCAAGCAAUAGCUGAAGAAACAAGGCUACCAUUUGUUACAGCAGAGAACAAGUUUGAAGCUCUGGCUGCACAUGAUGCUUUUGUUGAAUGUAGUGGAGCUCUCAACACCAUUGCUACUUCUUUGAUGAAAAUCGCCAAUGACAUACGCUUCCUAGGAAGUGGUCCAAGAUGUGGGCUUGGCGAACUUGUUCUUCCAGAAAAUGAGCCUGGUAGCAGUAUCAUGCCGGGGAAGGUUAAUCCCACUCAAUGUGAGGCGCUUACAAUGGUCUGUGCUCAGGUUAUGGGAAACCAUGUGGCCAUAACUAUUGGUGGAUCAAAUGGCCAUUUUGAGUUGAAUGUAUUCAAGCCUAUGAUUGCAAGUGAUCUCCUUCAUUCAGUGAGAUUGCUUGGAGAUGCAUCUGCUUCCUUCGAAAAGAACUGCGUGAAGGGAAUCCAAGCUAACAAGGAAAGAAUUUCCAAGUUGCUGCACGAGAAAAUUGGGUAUGACAAUGCUGCUGCACUUGCUAAGCUUGCUCACAAGGAAGGACUUACUCUGAAGGAAGCGGCACUGAAAUUGGCAGUUCUGACCAGCGAUGAGUUUGAUCAGCUGGUUGUACCUGAGAAGAUGAUAGGACCAUCUGACUGAAGUGAAUACACUUCUUUUUAAUGCAGAAGAGUUCUUCCAGCAAUUUUGGUAGUAGAGAACAGAGGAAGUCUUGCAACUUCGUUAUUCGUCAUUUGAUAUAUUGAAUUCUUAGUCUUGCUUCACAGUUCACAUAGUUAGGAACGAAGCUCUGUAUCUAUUGGUUCUAAAAACAUGUUUACGACACAGAUUGGUAGAAACAAGUCAUUUUAUUGGAUUCACCAUUAAUGUAUUUACUGAUUUAUGAGGUUUAUCCAUAUUUCAACAAUCAAGACUUGUGAUCUUAGAAGCAUCACCUAGCAAUCUUUCUAGACGCCGAAAUUACACAAUAAGUUUCUUCUCUAGUUCAACGAAUUGUGUAAAUUCUAAUAGCAAUGUUAUCUCUAUUUUCGUCUUUGUUUUGUGG